AAGCUGGCUGGCUGGCUGGCUUGAAAUGUUAACUAGAACAGAUUCUGUAUUUUUCUUAAAUAAUUUCAUAAUUAAAACUUUUGAAGGGACUGGUCAGUCAGAAAUCGCAUUUGGCGGGGAAAGUAAGAAUCCACCCAGAAUGUUUAAUCGCUGAAUGAUUUUGAUCUCUUUUUGGGACUCGCCUUUUGAUUUCCCCUAACUCUCAGUAAUUGCUUCAUUCACUUGAUGAUUUAGCGUUAGCCUUUAGUGGAGCAGUUCAAGAUCUGAAAAUCGCUUGGGGGUUUCGAUUGAUUCUCGAAUUGGGUUUAUUUAAUCACUCGGGUUGAGGAGAUUUUAGGGUAUGGAAUCUCGUAUGGAUCAUUACGAGAUAAUGGAGCAGAUCGGGCGUGGGGCUUUUGGAGCCGCCAUUCUUGUUUAUCACAAAUCCGAAAAGAAGAAGUACGUAUUGAAGAAGAUCAGGCUCGCGCGGCAGACCGAGCGAUGUCGAAGAUCUGCUCAUCAAGAGAUGGCGCUGAUAGCCAGAGUUCAACAUCCUUAUAUAGUUGAGUUUAAAGAAGCUUGGGUUGAGAAGGGCUGCUACGUUUGUAUUGUGACUGGAUACUGUGAAGGUGGAGAUAUGGCAGAGCUAAUGAAAAAGUCAAAUGGGUUGCACUUUCCUGAAGAGAAACUAUGCAAGUGGUUUACACAGCUUUUGUUGGCGGUUGAGUACCUGCAUUCAAACUUUGUUCUACAUCGGGACCUUAAAUGUUCCAACAUCUUUCUCACCAAGGAUCGAGAUGUUCGUCUUGGGGAUUUUGGACUUGCCAAGACACUGAAAGCAGACGACUUGGCUUCUUCGGUGGUUGGAACUCCCAAUUAUAUGUGUCCUGAACUUCUAGCUGAUAUCCCUUAUGGCUUCAAAUCUGAUAUUUGGUCUCUUGGUUGUUGUAUGUAUGAGAUGGCUGCGCGUCGCCCAGCUUUUAAAGCUUUUGACAUGGCAGGACUCAUUAGCAAGAUUAAUCGUUCAUCCAUUGGUCCCUUGCCCUCCUGCUAUUCACCAUCCCUAAAAACACUUAUUAAGGGCAUGCUACGAAAGAACCCGGAGCAUAGACCAAAUGCUUCUGAGCUUUUAAAGCACCCAUAUUUGCAACCUUAUGUUGAACAAUAUCGUCCUUCCAUCACUCCUGUGGAUUCUUUGCCCGAUAAGCGUAGAACAACUCGUGAUUCUCGGAGGAGUAUGGCAGAGAGUCAAAAUAGCAACAGUUCAAACAGUGAUAGAGACAGUUUGAUUUCGAGUGAUAAAAAUGCUCCUGCCAUGGCAUCGAACUGUGAUGAUAGAGUCACUGAUAAUGAUAAGGCAUCUGUUGAUGAUCACGAUGGACCCGAGCUCCUCGUUCCUAGUGAAGAAGAACAAACUCAUAAUACGUGCUCUCUCAAAGUAAAUGAUCCGAUGCAUUCCAAACCCGCUCAAGCAGACCAUCAAUCUCAUACCGAAUCAAGACGACCAAAGACUAUAAGAAAUAUAAUGCUAGCUUUGAAAGAAGGAAAAGCUCGGGAAAAUUAUUCGCCUGUUCCAGGUAUCUGUGUAAAGUCUGGAGUUGCAUCAAACCAGAAAGCACAUGCUGAAGUGCCACCUAAAGUCAUCAAACCUCCAGUGGCAGUGCCUGGUUCCAAGUCUAAUGCAGAUACACCUACAACUGUGCCUGCAAAGGCAAAUAUUGAAUCCUCAAGAAGAAUCCAGGCUGUAGCUACUCCAAAGCAUCAGCUACCAAUGGUUGAUCCCACACCCAAGACUAAACAGAGAUAUGAUAAUUAUCCCCCUCUUUUCCAUCCUGUAAAACCAGUGGAUGAUGGACUUUCUUCAAAGUCGAGGCAAAGAACCCCUCCUACCGUGCUCCGACGACCGACAUUUCCAGCAAGAACGAGGCAAGCCGAGAUCAACGUUCCAGAUGCAGUAAGUUCCACAGAAAGGAUUCAUCAAAAGGAGACGCAACACACCACUUCAGAACCUUUUUCUAAAGGAAUGCAAACAGAUAGUAGCAAUUCUGUUUCAUCUUCAGUGUCAAUUCAAGGAUUUGAAAUUUGUGACGAUGCAGCAACUCCAUUUACUGAUAUACCUGAGCUAGUUUUAGACCAUCAAAGUAUCGAACAUGACGAACUUGAAGAAACACACCCACCUAGCUGCUCAUCUUCUUUGCAGUAUGAGAAGGGAAACCCUGGGGGGGUUGAUGACAAACCAACUCACGAGUGCUCGCUGUCCGAUGAAGUAACCAGUUUGAACAAUCCCCCGUCCGAAAAGCUAGCCAGUAGCCAUCUUCCUGCAGCGUUUGACGAUGUCAUACACGUAAUACGACAUAGUAGUUUCCGAGUCGGAAGCGAGCAGGCAUUGACAGAAAACUUGGAGGAUCACUCGAGCGACAAAGAAAUGGAUGGAGGAAGCCCUCCGACAGUACCAACAAAGAACUCAGAUUCUUCUGAGCAUACAAAGCCUGUUGAAGAGGAAGUGGCAGCAAGAGAAACUUUGGAUGUGAAAUCUUUUAGGCAGAGGGCUGAGGCACUUGAAGAGCUGCUCGAAUUAUCUGCAGAGCUGCUGCAACACAACAGGUUGGAGGAGCUAGGAGUUGUCUUGAAGCCUUUUGGAAAGGACAAGGUUUCUCCGAGAGAGACAGCGAUCUGGCUAGCAAAGAGUCUGAAAGGAAUGAAGAUGGAAGACAAUGCCAGAAGUUCAUGAAUCUGCAGAUGGGAGUGUUAUUUGUAUUAUAGAACAGUGUCAUCUCAUAUUGUACAUAGUGACAGUACAGAUUAACAAAAAGUGCAAUUCUUGUAGUUUCUGAGGA